ACCAAUGCCAUCCACAAGGAAGAAAAAGGCGCAGCAGCGCAAAGGCGCCAAGCGCGCUGCUGCCACUGCUGUUGCUGCCACUGCUGCUGCUGCUGAUGAUGAUGAUGACACGGCUGCUGUGGUGCCAAACACCACGUUCACCGUUUCAGCCAACGACGUGGUGUGGGUGAAGCCUCAUCGCUCCAUCUGGUGGCCAUGCCAGGUGCAAAGCGUGGAUGCGGACGUGAACGGCACAUUGCAUGCGGCUGUAAACCAGCUCGGCCUCAACAAACAUUGGUUGGUGCCUGCUGCUGCCGCGCUGCCGUUUGAUUCGGACCAGGCCGAAAGCUUCAUCAACACUGGGCGGAUGAGAAAGACGCGUGACGCCAAGGCUAAAUUCAUCAAAGCAGUCGUCAGCGCAAACGAGCUGUGGGUGCAGCAGAAGCGCAGCCCAGUGCCAGCUGUCACCGCUUUGCUUGCCGAGAGCAGCGACAGCGAGCGCGUUCAAACAGGCGUCUCGCCUCCAGCCACGAACAAGACGAGCAGCGUAAAGGACUCGCCAGCCAAUGCCACACAAGACGGGACUGGUGCCUCCCACCACGCCAACGGCAGCACUCGCGCUGAUGCCACAACCGCAUUGCAAGAGAUUCGUGACGAUGAUGACGAUGGUGCCGAUGAUGAUGGUGGUGAUGUCGGCGAUGCCAACCCAACGAAGAAAGCGCGACGCUCAAGCGAGCGUGCGCGCAGGAAUGGAGAUGUGGCGGAAACCCACGGGGAUGGUGCUGGUGCUGGUGAUGAUGCUGAUGAUGCCAGCAGUGGCAGCGGGAGCGUGGCCAGUCCUCGCCGGCGCAAGUCUGCGCCCGUCUUGCUGCUGGAGGGCUUUGACGACGAUGAUGAUGAUGAUGGCGAUGAUGGCGACGAUGACGACGAUGAUGAUGGCCGUGAGGUGGGAGAUGGGCCAGCGACCAGCGGGGCACGGAACAAGGAUGCCAUGUCUGAUUCCAGUGAUGACAAUGAUGAUGAUGAUGAUCAUGUCGGUGUGUACGAUGUCCUCGGUCUUGCUGCCGACAGUGACGACGAUGCCGAUGAGAGUGAUGAGGAAUUGAGCCAGAAUCCACUCGUACAACAGAGAGGACAUUGA